AUGGCCUCCGUAUACAAGACGCUGUCCGGCGCGGACAAGGAGGACAAGGACGUCGGAGUCAAGAGAAACAAGCAGCGCGUCCUCAUUCUGAGUUCAAGAGGUGUAACUUUCCGGCACCGCCAUUUGCUCCAGGAUCUGUACUCUUUAAUGCCCCAUAGCCGAAAAGAGGCCAAGCUUGAUACCAAAACGAAGCUCUACCAGCUCAAUGAACUAGCAGAACUCUACAACUGCAACAAUGUCCUCUUCUUCGAGGCGCGCAAAGGCAAGGAUCUUUACUGCUGGAUGUCCAAGCCUCCCAAUGGCCCCACCGUCAAGAUGCAUCUCCAAAACUUGCACACCAUGGAAGAGCUCAACUUCAUUGGCAACUGCCUCAAGGGAUCCAGGCCAAUUCUUUCUUUCGACGCCGCAUUCGACAAGCAGGCCCAUUUGCGUGUCAUCAAGGAACUCUUUACCCAAAUCUUCGGUGUUCCCAAGACCAGCAGGAAAGUAAAGCCUUUCGUUGAUCACGUCAUGGGUUUCACCGUCACAGACGGCAAGAUCUGGGUUCGCGUUUUCCAGAUUAAUGAGAGCGAGCCAGGCAAGAAGAAGGCUGCAGAUGGCGAAGAGAUGGAAGUCGAAGAGCCUGCGCCCAAGAAGAAGGGAGGAAAGGGAGAACUCGACGUCAGCCUUGUGGAGAUUGGUCCACGCUUCGUGCUCACUCCCAUUGUCAUCCAGGAAUCGAGUUUUGGAGGCCCCAUCAUCUACGAGAACAAGGAGUUCGUGUCGCCCAACCAGAUCCGUUCCGACCUGAGGAAGUCCAAGGCCGGCAGGUUCAACAAGCGAACAGAGGCACAGAGGGAUGCUCUGCUCAAGCACCAGGAGCUAGGACUGACGUCGCACGGUGGUCGCAAAAAGGAGAAGGAUCCACUUAGCGACAAUGUUCUAUUUGCAUAA